AUGAAAAUCCUGACAUUUCUCACAUUUGUCCUGCUGCUUGUGCAUCAAAACUUCUCACUCUCCAGAGCACAGUGUCACAGCUGUGAGCAAACAUCCUGUAACUGCUCAGGACAAAACCUGAAGACGGUCCCUGAAGCCCCUUCAAAGCUCAUCACUGAACUUGAUCUCUCAUUCAACAGACUGCAGACGAUAAUGAAAAAUGACUUUGUUGCAUUUGCCCGUUUGCAAUCUUUGAUCCUUUUUUCUCUCCAAGUUCCCCGACACAUGAAACAUUUGGAGGCCAUUGUCUUCAAAAACAUUGCUCUCCCUCAGUUUUACAACUUCCCAGCCAUCCUUCUCCUGCAAAGUCUGAUGACCAUGGUGCGAAGAUUGUCCAUGAUAAACUGCAAAUUUUUCCUCUGGCCUUGUGGGUACUUUGCUCUUUUCUCAAAGCUGGACUAUAUAGACGUCAGUGACAACUUGCUUAGUGAUCUGCUCUUCAGCGAAAUGUUGUGCGAUGGUAAUCGUGGUCUUUGGAGUCUGCAGACCAUCAACGUCAGCAGGAAUCACCUGCAGUCGAUCAACAGCCAGCUCUUCACCAAACUAGAUAAGCUUAAAAACAUCGACAUGAGUGGGAAUGUGUUUCAUAGUAUGCCUGAGACUUGUUACUGGCCGACGAGUCUCCAGUUCUUAAACCUUUCAUCAACACAUUUACCACAAGUAACCACUUGUUUACCGGCGACUUUACGAGUCCUCGAUUUAUCUGACAAUGAAUUGACCGUGUUCAACAUCGAACUACCUUUUCUCACAGAGUUAUACAUCUCUGGCAACAAGAUCUCUAGGUUGCCAGACGGGGUUUUAUACCCUCAACUCACGUUUCUCUCCAUCCAGAACAACAACUUACAGACGUUCAGCAGCAAAAGUCUGAAUCAUUAUAAUGAUUUGAAGAUGCUGGAGGCUGGUGAUAACAAGUUCGUCUGUUCAUGUGACUUUGUAGCGUUCAUGUCGAGUCAUUUGAAGAACAGUCGAGUCACAUUCGGAGAUGGUUCCAAUUCGUACGUUUGUGACUCCCCUGACGCCGUGAGAGGAAAGACUGCGGCAGAUGCGAGGUUGUCGGUGUUUGAAUGCCACACCGCUUUAGCGCUUUCUUUACUCUGCUCGGGCAUCCUGGUGGUGUUUCUGCUCGUCGCUGGUUUGUGCCACAAAUACAGCGUCCUGUGGUAUAUAAAGAUGACCUGGUACUGGCUGAGGGCCAAGAGGAAGCCAAAGUUAAAAAAGGGAGAGCUUGAGUAUGACGCCUUUGUGUCCUACAGUGAAAUGGACUCUGGUUGGGUGGACGCACAUCUGGUCCCGGAGCUGGAGCAGGCCGAGCCUCCUCUUCGGCUCUGCCUCCACAAGAGAGACUUUGUUCCCGGAGGCUGGAUCAUGGACAACAUCAUGGACGCCAUCGAGAAGAGUCACAGAACUCUGUUUGUGCUUUCUCAGCAUUUUGUCAACAGCGAAUGGUGCAAGUAUGAGCUGGACUACUCCCAUUUUAGAGUGUUCGACCAAAACGACGACACAGUGGUGCUGAUUCUGUUGGAGCCCAUCGACAAAGAGACCAUCCCCCAAAAGUUCUGCAAGCUGCGGAGAGUCAUGAACUCAAGGACGUACCUGGAGUGGCCUGAUGAGGACGACCAGAUCCCCAGGUUCUGGGACAGCUUGAGAUCGGCUAUUAAAAGACCUGAGAAUGGGAACGGUUUACAGUUCGACAAUGUGAACUUUUAA